AUGCAGUUCCCUCUGAAGCAGCUGAGAAUCCUCUGCCCCCACAAGGCCUUGGGAUUCUCCUCACCGUUUUUUCCCCCUCUUCUCACAGCUCUGACAUUGACAAAUAUCGACUGGCAGCUUGAAGCAAAUCCGAGUGCACACCAUACUGAUAAAUACUCCAGCACAGAGCUGAUUGUGAGGAGAGGACAGGCCUUCACUGUCAUCCUGACCUUCAACAGAGCACUGCAGACUGGAGAGAGCUUAACAUUCACUGCAGAAACAGGGCCAAAACCAUCACUGCAAGCUAAGACCCAGGCUGUAUUUGACAUCUCCAGCACAGCAAGCAAUAGUACCUGGAGCGCAGUCCAACAAUCCACCGACUCCAGCUCUGUCAGCAUCUCUAUUUCCAGCCCAGCUAAUGCUGCCAUCGGACGCUACAAACUGAGUGUGCAGCCUGCCUCAGGUGGUAGUGCCUCCCGUAGGACCCUUGGAACAUUCGUUCUGCUCUUUAACCCUUGGUCUUCAGGGGAUGAUGUGUUUAUGCCUGACAGCACUGAGCAGAAGGAGUACGUGCUGGAAGAGUUUGGAAUUGUCUUUGCGGGCAACGUAAACCGUAUUAACAAGAUGGGCUGGAAUUAUGGCCAGUUUCAAGGAGACAUUCUGAAUAUCUGCCUUUCCAUACUGGAUAGAAGCCUAAGCUACCGUAAAGACCCUGCCACUGAUGUGUCUCGCAGAAAUGAUCCCAAAUACGUGGGCCGUGUGCUCAGUGCCAUGGUCAACAGUAAUGAUGAUAACGGGGUGCUGCAGGGAAACUGGAGUGGAAAUUACUCUGGUGGAACAAGUCCAAGCAGUUGGAAUGGAAGCGUUGAAAUCCUGCAAAAGUGGAAGGAUGCAGGAUUUAAACCUGUUAAAUAUGGACAAUGCUGGGUUUUUGCAUCAGUGCUGACCACAGUGCUCAGGUGUCUGGGGAUUCCUACUCGUAUGAUUUCAAAUUUCAACUCCGCCCAUGACGCAGAUAGAAACCUGAGUGUGGAUGUAUAUUAUGAUGAAUCUGGAAAUCCUCUGAGCAUGGGGAAUGACAGCGUCUGGAAUUUCCAUGUCUGGAAUGAAAGCUGGUUUACCCGAAGUGACCUGGGGCCCUCCUACAAUGGAUGGCAAAUUCUGGAUGCAACUCCCCAGGAGAAAAGUGCAGGAAUAUAUCAGUGUGGUCCUGCUUCACUUAUAGCCAUCAAAGAGGGUGAUGUAGACCUGGACUAUGACUCUCCAUUCGUAUUUGCUGAGGUGAAUGCAGACCGUAUCACCUGGACUUACAACAUUAGGACUAGAGAGGCAAAGCCAAUCUCUUCUGAGACCAAGUCAAUUGGCCAGUUCACCAGUACCAAGGCAGUAGGCAGUUAUGCCCGUGUAGAUGUCACUAAUAAUUACAAAUAUGGAGAAGGCUCUCAGAAGGAAAGAGAAGUGUAUGAAAAGGCUCGUACAAAGCUGGGUCGAGUACAUGGUUUCAGUGCCACAUCAGAGAAGCGACCAAAAAUUGAUCAAAAGCCUGAAAUUUCAGGGAAGUUCAAGGUGGAUGGCUCCUUAGAGAUCGGCAAAGAUGUCAGCCUAAUCUUGGUUCUCAGAAAUUUGACCUCUGAUGCUAAGACUGUAAAGGCAAAUAUGACUGCUUGGACCAUUGUGUACACUGGGAAGCCAAUUAAUGAGGUCUGGAAAGACUCCCUUUCAUCUACUCUUGCUUCUGAAGAAGAGAAACAGUUUCCCAUUAAGAUAACGUAUGCUGAGUACCAGCAAAAUUUAACAACAGACAACAUGAUUCGAGUAACAGCUUUGUGUCAAAUUGAAAGUGGGAUUGAUGUGGUGGUAGAAAGAAACAUCACUCUGGAUAACCCUGACCUUGUCAUGCAGGUGCUCAGUGAUGCAAAAGUGAAUGAACCGGUGAAUGUGGAAGUGAUAUUUACCAAUCCUCUCGACCAAGAGGUGAAAGACUGCGUGCUGCAGGCAGAAGGCAGUGACCUGCUGAAAGGAAAGCUCAAGAUAGAAAUGCCCUCACUACAGCCCGGACAGAGUUCCAAAGUACCGUUUGAAAUCAUUCCCACCAAGAGUGGAACCAAGCAACUGCUUGUUAAUUUCUCCUGUGACAAGUUUCCAGAUGUCAAAGCCUUUGAGACCAUAAAUGUGGCCAACUGAUUAUAAGAUGUGCAGUUGUCAGUCUGUCUGUAUAACUUUGAGUGAAAUAGUGCAAGAAAGCUCCUGUCUUCUGUGAACAAUUAGUAAAUCAGUCUAUUUCUGCUACAGAAACAAAAUCCACACCCUGUCUGACAGGAAUUAUCCUGUUACAUAGUUUUAUCAAAUUCAUGGCUGUGAAAAAACAUGUCAUGGACCAUGAAAUCUGGUCUUUUGUAUAUUUUUACCCCAUACUAUACAAAUUUCACAGGGGAGACCAACAUUUCUCAAACUGGGGGUCCCAACUCCAAAGAGGGUUGUGGGGGUAGUCACUGUCUGUUACAGCUCCAUUUUGUUUCUUAAAGCUGUCCCCUUACUCCAUUUUGUUCUUGUUCUCCUCUGUGGCCACCCC